AUGGGCAGGGGGAGAGUGGAAUUGAAGAGGAUUGAGAACAAGAUUAAUCGGCAGGUGACAUUUGCGAAACGAAGAAAUGGGUUGCUCAAGAAAGCCUACGAACUCUCUGUUCUGUGUGAUGCCGAGGUUGCGCUUGUCAUCUUUUCUAACCGCGGGAAGCUCUACGAGUUCUGCAGCACCUCCAAGUAUUUUAUUUUAUUUUUUUAUCUUAAACCUAAUAAUAGUUAUAUGAGACUACAGUAUAAUAUAUUGACCCUAUUCUAUGAUAUCAUCAUGAAGGUUCUUAAUGCUUUAAAUUAUAUAAAGGAUCUAAAACAUCAAUCACAAGUUUUUGCUUUAAUUAAUCUAACAUUGCAUGAUAUUAAUGUGGAAAUAUUUAUCCUUGUGCUUCAUAUUAUGUCUAAGAUUGUAGGCAUAAUUAAGUUUGGUUAA